CUUUUUUAUGAAGAUGGGCAGGAGAAUGUUUACAACGAUCUAGGGAUAAAAGUUUUUGACCCUAUGGAGGAUGUUCUAACGCAAAUCACAGACCCUAACGUUGUCCUGGAAACUAUAGCCACACAGAGCUCAUAUUUAGAAGCUCGCAAAUCUAUUGAGGAAAGAAAUGUUAAGAAAAGCGAUGAUGUAGAGCCAAAAGCCGUCACGAAA